AGUAAUUCAGGAAGUCAAACAGAAUAUUUUCUCAGAAGAUUUUCAGCACAGGAUAAAUGCAAUGUUUACUGGAGUUAUAAAGCCGCAUUAUAAAUCCUAUACUAGUAUUAGAAAUACAUCAAUGAAUUGGAGCUCGUAUGGUUCAAAAUAGAUCGGUUUUGACAGUGGCUCCUCCCGGGUGGUUACACCUUUUACUUACGUUUAAAUAGCCUUCGAGGUACAGCAAAUACUUUAAAUAUGACCAACUUCCCCUGGAAACGAUCUGUAGAGAGAUAUUUUACAAAUGUCCUGACUGCAAGGGUGAUUGUACUGGUAGCUAUCACAAUACAGACAUCUACAUCGGUAAGUGGUUCAGGGACUGACUACAGUAUGGCUACACGAUGUCACAAUUAUCGAACUACUUUAAACCUCACCGACAGUCAGUAUAUGAAUUUAUAUUUAAAACGAUCUGGCAUGACUUUAGAGAAUCCCUUAACUUGUACUAUACGUGUUGUCUCUACCACACAAGCGAGUAUGUACGUUAGGUUUUUAGGCAAUUAUAGAAUCGGAGUAACAGGGUUCAUUGGCAUCUCCAUAAGACAACGAAACAAGGAAGGGAUAAACAUAUAUCACGAGACAACCGAGGGAAUUGAAUAUGUUGUUGGAAGAGCUACGGCCACUUGGUUUGGAGUCAAAGGGAAAUCCAUCUUAGGUAGAUCGGUACACGAGCAAUACCCCCGGUCUAUGGGUAGACUGACUACGAUGAAGAUUGGAAGCCCAUUCUUCAUUUAUUACACAGGAAAUCCUAGAGAGGAUAACUUCCAAAUACAGAUAUCACAUAACGACUUUGACCAAUGUGACGAUAAUAUAAUAAUGUCCCCAUGUCUAAAUGGUGGCACUUGUAUUGAUGGUCAUAUGAACUAUACGUGCAUUUGUAAAAUCGGUUACCAAGGAGAUCGAUGCGACGAAAAGGUACGCCCAUCCUGUUCGAUUGGAACUCCGUGUAACAACCACAAUCAAAAGUGCAUUCAACUGAAUAACACUCACCACAGGUGUGAUUGUAUUGAAGGCUAUGUGUGUGCGAACCAAAUCCAUGUUUGAAUGGAGCGAAAUGUAUCAUAGCGACAGAAGCAAGAUGCAGAUGUGCAUAUGGCUACAGAGGAUCAU